AUGAUUAUGAAUCAACCAAUCAAUCAUGACUUUCCAACAGUUGAUAUUACCAAAAAGGAACAAGUGUUAAAGGUAUUACAAGAAUCUACUUCCAUUGUUUUCCUUAGAAUAGUAUGGACUGAUAUGGCUAAUUUGGUUCGUUGCAAGUCGGUCAGAACCAAAUGGCUACUUGAAAAUAGAGACUCUUUCAAUUAUGUAUGUGUUACCAGUGCCUGUAUGGCAUUGCCAGGCAAUUCAGAUGUCGUCGUUGGAGAGGCACUAGCUUCGAACGAUUUUGAUGAAAUGUUUUUGGUGCCUGAUUGGUCGACUUUUAGAUUGGUACCAUACACUAAAGGAACGGCUCAAGUAUUUGGUCACUUUUACAGGGUCGAUCCUGCAACUAAAAAGAUCGUACAAUGGGAUCAAUGUCCACGUGUAUGUAUUGACAAGGCUGAACAAGCACUUGCUCAAUGUAAAUCACAAGACGACAACGUUGGAGGAGGAGGAGGAUUCAUUUUAAAGGGAUCUUUUGAAGAGGAAUUCUUUUUGCUCAAGAAAUCGGCACUUGCCAACGAACCACCUGGAACCAAGUGUCCACCACCAGUAGAGAACUAUACAUUUGCUAGUGUCUAUAGUUUGGAUGAAAAUGCCGAUGUGAUGAUGGAGAUUGUUCAGAAUUUGGAAGACCAAAAUGUCCCCGUCGAACAGAUGCUCAGCGAGUCUGCACCAGGCCAGUUUGAAUUGACCGUUCCAUACUGCGGUAUCCGUGAAGCUUGUGAUCGCCACAUUAUCGUUCGUCAGACCGUCCACGCCAUCGCCCACAAGCACGGCUACAUCGCAUCGUUCCUCCCCAAAGUAUACCAAUAUGCCGCCGGCAGUGGAUGUCAUCUCCAUCUUUCACUCUGGGCGUCGAGAUCUCCCACCGACAAAACCCUCGUCAACACCACUCCAUUGGCCGGUGGGGUUGCAGGUCUCUCCAAAUCAUCGGUUCGUGCCAUCGCAGGUAUUCUCUACCACACCAAGGCUAUGACAGCCAUAUUCAACGCUAAUGAAAACUCGUACGACCGUUUGAAACCAAAUAGUUGGAGUGGAGGCUCGAUUGCAUGGGGUGUCAACAACAAAGAAGCUAUUGUUCGUGUACCAACCUCUGCUAGCACACCUGUCAAGGGUAACAGCAACUUUGAGGUCAAAUCAAUCGACCAUACAUCCAACCCAUACCUUGUCAUCUCUGCUAUCAUCUAUUCGAUGAUUCAUGGUAUGACAGACCCAGACCACUCGAUUGGAGAGUAUCCACCAACCUCGAUCAACCCAUCGGCUCUUACCAACGAGCAACGUGAUGCCCAUCGCAUCCAACCUAUUCCAUCGUCUCUCUCGCAAGCACUCACUCAUCUAUCAAAUGAUAAAUACCUUACCGACAAUCUUGGAAAGAAUCUUGUCAAUGCCUAUAUCCAAGUAAAGAAAUACGAAUCAAAAGAAUAUCGUGAUCAACCCUUUGAAUAUGCUAGAGAUGCUUUUUUACAAACUUAUUAA